AAGACCAGGAAAGGGAAAGGCAGGGGUUCGCCCCCCGCCCCGCGGCAGGGAGGCGGCCGGCGGCUCCGGAUCCCGGGCUGUGGCGCGUCUCCGUGUCCGGCCACCUCUCUCCUUCCGGUGCACCUGCAGCCGGUCCUGGGCCGCGGCACAGCGGGGCCCUGCAGCCGGCCUCGGGCAGGCCGGGCUUCCCGGGCAGCGCCUCGUCCCCUGCCUGCCGCGGUGCCGCAGUUGCCCUUCCCCGGAGGCCGGACAACAGGAGAUCAUCUAUUCUGAUUCUUACCCCAUUCAGGGAUGAAUGGCUGGCUUGCAGAAAGAAAAGAGUAGGUACUGACCCUUUCAACCUCUGUGGGCUUAGGCUGACCAAAAGAUCAGUCACAGUCUAUCAGCUAUAAGCCACAGUUUUAAAUCACAGGAUCACAGAAUAUCUCAAGUUGGAAGGGACCCACAAGGAUCUUACAUUAGGAUGUGCAAGUCCCUGCCCGAGGACUCUGCUUUGCCUGUCUCUGUCAUCCCGGGUGAGCAGCUGGUGUGUGGAAGCCAGGCAGACCCGUUUUACAAGUGUGUGCUGGGACUUACACUCAUGCGAUCUCCCUGGGGAGACAGCUGAGAAGACCUUGAAGAGGAAAGAAUUGAAGCUGGGCAGGUCUGGGGUAGGAAAGCCAGUGAGGAGGAACUUAGUCAUAAGAAUUACAACCACACAGGGUAACCAUCAGUGUUAUCAGGAGUGGCCUCUGACAGACUGGGAACCAGCAGCAGGCAAGUUUCAGGAAGAGACUACUGCAGGGCAAGAGGAGUGGUGUAAUUCAGAAGCCACAGGUUGGAGACCCACUUGCUUGUAAUUGAACAUGGCAGGGGAUGUAAAAAGAUUAGCACGAAUGCUACUGGAAUGCAACAGCAAUGACAAGCUAUGUGAGCCAAUGUGCAUCAGGCAGUGCUGCUUAUUCCUUGGCUUCCCAUUUGCUUUUUCUGCUGAUAGUUGUGCGUGAAUAUCAGACUGAAGUGAUUGUUGUCCCAGCUCUCCUUGUGGGAUUUUUUGUCAUCAUGCUAACUGUGAUCCUUUGGCUCCACUGUCGAGGCUUGCGAGCAAAGCGGGAGCAACUGUCAUCACCUGGAGACCGAGUGAAUGACAAGAAUCAGCAGGAAUCCAGCUUAACAGAGAACCUAUAUAUCCAACUGAGUGAGACAUCUGUGGAAAGCCUGCUAAAUUCUGCAUCCCUGACUCUGAAAGAACUGGAGAUACCGCGAGAGAAACUCUUACCAGGCACCUUGCAGCUGAUAAAGAAUGGCCGCUAUGGAAGCAUCUACAGAGCACAGUUGGAAACUGGGAACCCCGGGGAGUCUAAGACUGUAGUAUUGAAAGCCUUACAAGACCUGGCUAGUUCCCAGGAAGUAAAGGAUUUCCUGGGAAGGAUUAAAUUCCAUCAAAAUCUUGGCCAUCAUGAGAACCUGGUUGAUCUGGUUGGAUGCUGUGUAGACCAGCUCCCACUUUAUGUGAUCAUGGAAGAUGUGUCUCUUGGUGACCUGUUGACAUUUCUAUGGACAUGUCGGAAGGAUGUCAUGACAAUGGAUGGCAUCCCCUAUGACCUCACUGAGAGGCAAGUAUAUGAAAUUGGAAAGCAAGUUGCAGCAGCUCUGGCUUACCUUGAACAGAAGAAGUUGUUCCAUGGUGACAUUGCUGCCAGGAAUGUCCUCCUUCAUCACAACUUCACUGCUAAGCUCUGUGGUUUGGGUCUGGCCUAUGAAACUCACACAUAUGGUGUCAACUCAGUCACACAGAUUGUGCCAGUCAAGUGGCAGGCUCCAGAGCAGCUCCUGAAGAAAACCCCCAGCAUCAAGGCAGACAUAUGGUCUUUUGGAAUUCUGCUAUAUGAAAUGAUUACAUUAGGUGCUCCACCAUAUCCUGAGGUGCCACCUUCUGAUAUCUUAUCGCACCUGCAGAGAAAGAACAUUAUGAAGCAGCCCUCAAGCUGCCAGCAAGCCAUGUAUGGCAUCAUGAAGUCCUGCUGGCAGUGGAAUGCAGCUAACCGGCCUUCUCCAGCAGACCUAAUCCAGUCCCUCCAAAGAGCUAUGAAGACCAGCAAUGACCAUGCAGUACUGCAGGUGCCUGAGCUAGUGGUGCCUGAACUCUAUGCUAGUGUUGCUGGUGUUCACGUGCACAGUCUAGUGAGUGAAUACACUAUACUCUGAAGGACCCUUUCACAGAAUGGUAAAGGAAAAGUCUUUUGAGCUUGCCCUUUCUAGACACUUUGCAAGCUCAGAAUGAGGUGUGUGUGUUGGGAGGGAUCCCUUUGUUUUUCAAACAUAUUAUGUAUAUCAGAUCUCUCCUCCAUGCCUGAAACAACAAACUAUUAUCAUUAUUAUUAUUUAAUCAACCUGUUGAUAUCACUGCCAAUGUUGAUUUGGGAGCAAAGUGGGUUUAGGAAGCUGUAGAAAAUGUAACGAGAAACUUCAGUUAAAGGAAUGUAUUGGGUUUGCAUAGAAGGUUUUGGUAGUGGGGGGCUACAGGGGUGGCUUCUGUGACAUGCCAGAAGCUUCCCCCAUGUCCAGUAAAGCCACUGCCAGCCAGCUCCAAGAUAGACCUGCCACUGACCAAGGCUGAGGCCAUCAGCAAUGGUCAUAGCACCUCUGUGAUAACAUUUUAAAAAGGGUAAAAAAUACUGUGCAAUAGCAGCUGGAAGAGAAGAGUGAGAAUAUGUGAGAAGAAACAACUCUACAGACACCUAGGUCAGUGAAGAAGGAGGGGGAGGAGGUGCUCCAGGUGCCAGAGCAGAGAUUCUCCUGCAGCCUGUGGUGAAGACCAUGAUGAGGCAGGCUGUCCCCCUGCAGCCCAUCAAGGUCCAUGUUAGAGCAGAUAGCCACCUGCAGCCCAUGGAGGACCCCACACCAGAGCAGGUGGAUGUGCGUGAAGGAGGCUGUGACCCUGUGGAGAACCUGCACUGGAGCAGGAUUGCUGGCAGUACUAGUGACUCCACGGGGGGCCCACAAUGGAGUAGUGUGUUCCUGAAGGACUGCACCAUGUGGAAAGGACCCACGCUGGGGCAGUGUGUGAAGAACAGUAGCCCAUGGGAAGGACUCAUGUUGGAGGAGUUCAUGGAGAACUGUCUCCUGUGAGAGGGACCCCACGCUGGAGCUGGGGAAGAGCGUGAGGAGGAAGGAGCAGCAGAGACAACAUGUGAUGACCACAAUCCCCAGUGACAGUGCCUUAAAUAUUUUUCUUUAAUUAUUUUGGCACUUUAAGCAAUAAAGAUGCUUAUAAAAAAAGGUAUAAAUGCACAUUAAAGGAGUAUUUUUAGUGUUCUGUGUGAAGAGUGGAUUCAAUGUUCACUCAAUGUCCCUCCAGUUAGCAUGACCCUUGUGUAUGUUUAAAUUCGGAGGGCAUGCUGACCUGCAAAAGGCUAAUUGCAGUCAGUUAUAUUCAUUAGGUUUCAGUCUUUCAUGUAGUUGAAUCCCUGAUGAUUUCAGAACAAAUUGCAGGCCUUCAGCAUUGUACAAUGCCAAAAUUAGGUGUGUUAGCCAUGUAGAAUGCAAGGCUAAAAAUCAGUGUCAUGAAAAAAGCUAAAUGAUGGCUCUUCUAAAGGGGAAUAUUUACCCUGAAGGAAGUCUUCCAACAUCACUUUAGUUAUUAAACAUACAUAGCUGUACAAAGGAGCUUAGAUUCUGGUUUCCAUCAAAAUUUAUUGCUCUUCUUCCAAAGACAGUGUUAUGAAGUUUUCUCUUUUAAAUGCAAAAUAAUGUAAAUGGAAUGGUUGUUUUUCCUCUGUCACUUAGGCUUUGUAAGAAACUAUGUUUCCAUCCAGAAAUAAAAGUAAUGUCAGUUCAUACAGGACAUAUAUCACCACUAUAUACCAGAACAUUGCAAACUCCAUCAAAGAGCGCUCAGCUUUCUGAAUUUUCUAGUGGUGUUGAGUAAUCACCACCUUAAUGUCUAUAAUUACUGUUGGUGUAAAUCUAGCUUGAAGAACUGAAACAUAUUCUUUUCAGAAUGCUAAAGCAGGUAUGUAUAAUAACAUCCUCUUCUCUCUCCCUCAUCUGAAAACAGGUUCAAAGCUACCUGGUAAAUUUAGGUCAAAUCUAUAGUUACCGGUUGGCUGAUGUUAUUGUUUUGGUGAAUAAACUAUUCAUUUAAAAAAAAUUCGCUUGUUUCACACCUCCCACUAAGAAUGAGACAUUCUCAAAGGUCUUACCAGUGAAAAGUGGGUGUGUUUUAGGAAUGUAAUACAAUCAAGCACCCAUAGUGCUGUGGCAGACCUGAUGAAUAAUGCACAGUGGUUCAUAGGGAGCUUUGUUAAAUUGAGAGGUAAAUGUGACAAAUGCAUCACUGUUCUCAAAGCUCCCUAUCUUGUUACAUCACAGAAAGCAAUGUUCUGUUUUACACAAACUUUGUUUCUGUUAUCAAAGCUCUGAUCAAGGGAAUCUGUGGGACUUCAGGAUACCGGGCACCUCACAGCCUCUAACAAAAGAUCUGCUAUAUAAGAAGGUCCAAAUUUAAUUUCCUUUCAAUAAAGUGGCUUGAUUCUCAA